AUGAUGCCUGCCAUCAUUGAGGAAUCUGAUUCUUCAUGCUACAGUGAAUUCGAGAAUGAUGUUUCUCUCUCCUCGUCUGGACGGUCGUUCCGGUCUCUCUGUCGAUCAGAUCCAACGGAAAGCUUCACCAACAAUGAUUUGCGAGAUCUGAUUGACCUAGACAUUACCGUUCAUGGAAAACGACAAGAAGAGCAAGAAUCAUCUGAAACCACUGAGACUGGGCGCAUCUCCAUACAGGAUGUGGCAGCGGGGUUCCUACAAGACCGAGUCACCACCUUUUGCAAGAACAUUGAAACCAUCAAAAAGCUAGGAAGUGAGACCACCUGCAGUAUUCUUAGAUAG